UCUCUGUGAUAGCUCCGAAGUUCCAACUCAGUUAGCUACCGAGCGUCGCUGUUGUUGCUGUUUCUGCGCUGCUUUCAGCUGCUGUGCUCGUCGCUCGUUCGUCCGAUUCGGAUGAUAUUGCCAAGCAUCGAGUCCGAGACCGAGUCCGAGUCCGUAUCCGAAUCCGAAUCCCAGAGCCGCGAUCCGCGAGGUCUGAGCAUUUUGCAGAACCGCUUAACAUCAGUCUUUAGUGAUAGCUCGCGCUUCUUGCUCGCACGCUCGAUCGCACGUCGCCGCUGUCGCUGUUGCUGUCGCUCUUGUAGCUCUCGCUGUUGUGUGUGCCGCCGCUAAAAACAAAAACAAAUCCCGGAUAAUGCUCUAAAUAAUUACAAUAAAAUCAAAAGAAAUGAUUACAUUACAUAAAUUACUGAGCUAAUAGAAACAAACAAAUAUAAAUUGUUGCCAGUGAAAAGCGGAAACAAAUGCAUUAAAACAUUGCUAAUAAAUAGUUGAAUAAAUUAUUUUAUAAAAUAAACAAAUAUAAUAAAUUGCAGCACAACUAUAACUAUAAACUUUAGGCAAAUUUAUAAUAUAUUCCCAAGCCAAAUUUAAGCCUCACUUGUGAUAUUUCCCCCUGCUAAAAAACACACAUACACUCACUCAGACCCGCAGAUAUAUGGGCAGAUAUAUAUUAAACAUGCUUCACGCUCGCCUAAAGUUCUAAAAGUCAAGUGCAAUUUAAGCAAAAGCCACAACAACAACAACUCUAUACGCUCAAGUGACGUUUUAUUGGCGCAAGGUGAACAAAAAACAAAAAAUAGAAAAUUUAAAAAAUCCAAAAACAAACAACAGAGGAGAGUUCAGAAUGUUGGAAAGAGCCAACCCUAAAUGAUUUUUAUACUUAAGCCGCAAGUGCGCAAAAAAACGAAAACUAAGAGAAACCAGAAAACUUUAAUCAAAAAUAAAUUGGAUUAACUUGGAGGGCUGACACGGCCAGUAAAAGGAGACCUUGCCGUUGAGCACUCUGCGCUCAGCGAACCCCGACUACCAUAAUGAUGAAUCAGGAUAAUCCAUAUGCGAUGAAUCAGACGUGCAAGGUGUGUGGAGAGCCGGCGGCUGGAUUCCACUUUGGAGCCUUCACAUGCGAGGGCUGUAAGUCCUUCUUCGGUCGGUCGUACAACAACCUCUCGUCGAUCUCGGACUGCAAGAACAACGGCGAGUGCAUCAUCAACAAGAAGAACCGCACCGCCUGCAAGGCCUGUCGCCUGAAGAAGUGCCUCAUGGUGGGCAUGUCCAAGAGCGGCUCCCGCUACGGCCGUCGCUCCAACUGGUUCAAGAUCCACUGUCUGCUCCAGGAACAGCAGCAGCAGGCGGUGGCCGCCAUGGCGGCGCACCACAACAGCCAGCAGGCUGGCGGUGGAGGAGCACCCGGUGGCUCGGGUGGAGCCGGCGGCAUGCCCAACGGGGUGAAGGCCAUGUCGGGUGUCCCACCACCGGCGGCAGCGGCAGCUGCACUUGGCAUGCUGGGUCAUCCCGGUGGCUAUCCGGGUCUAUAUGCCGCAGCCACCGCCGGCGGGGGAGGAGUACGGAGCAAGGAGGAACUCAUGAUGCUGGGUCUGGAGAGUGCGGGAGAUUACGGCGCCCUUAAGCAUCCGGUGGUGGCGUCGCCCUCAGUGAGUUCCCCCGACUCCCACAACUCGGACAGCUCCGUGGAGGUGAGUGCAGUGCGGGGCAAUCCGCUGCUCCACUUGGGCGGCAAGUCCUCGGCCGGCGGAGCUGGUGGCGGUGGAGGCGAUGGAAGUCAGGCAAGCGGAGGAGGAGCAGUGCCAGGAAGGCCGCCACAAUUGCGCAAGGACCUGUCGCCGUUCCUGCCCCUGCCCUUUCCGGGACUCGGCUCCAUGCCGGUGAUGCCGCCACCCGCCUUUCUGCCGCCCUCUCACCUGCUCUUUCCCGGCUACCAUCCCGCCCUGUACUCGCAUCACCAGGGUCUGCUCAAGCCCACGCCGGAGCAGCAGCAGGCGGCCGUGGCAGCGGCGGCGGUGCAGCAUCUCUUCAACUCCAGCGGUGCGGGUCAGCGCUUUGCGCCGGGAACUUCACCCUUUGGCAACCACCAGCAGCAUCAGCCACCGCCGCAGCAGCACCUUAAGGAGGAGGAGCAGCCGGCACCGACGAGGAGUCCCAGUGGCCAUGCGAACAACAACCACCUGCUGACCAAUGGCGGGGCAGCCGAUGAGCUGACCAAGCGCUUCUAUCUGGACGCAGUGCUCAAGUCCCAGCGGCACAGUCCGCCGGCGACCACAAAACUACCGCCACACUCAAAGCAGGAUUACUCCAUCUCUGCCCUGGUCACACCCAACUCGGAGAGUGGCCGCGAGCGGGUCAAGAGCCGGCAGAGCAAUGGCCAGAACGACGAGGACGAGGAGGACGACGAAGUGCGUACGGAGCAAAUCAGAGACGGUGCUGAAGAGGACGAAGAGGAGGAAGAUCUAGUGGUCUCCAUGACGCCGCCACACUCACCAGCACACCAUCAGGAGCCGGAAACACCCGCUCAAGUGGGCAUACACCCCAGUCCAGGCCAAGAUGAUCCCAUCGAUCUGAGCAUGAAAACCACGGGCAGCUCGCUGAGCAGCAAAAGCAGUAGCCCUGACAUGGAUCCAGAGCCAGAGAACUUCAGUGAAGGUGAGAAGAUCGAAGCGGAAGAUGAGGCGUAUGAGGAGAAUGAUAAGGAGGAAGAUGAGGAAGAGGAGGAUCUGAAGAUCACAACUGAGGAGGAUCAGCCAGAGGAGCACGAAAAGGAGCCAGAGGAGGAGCAGGAGCAGGAGGAUUCUGAAAAGACAGUGAAGCAGGCGCCUCUCCUCAACAAUAACAACAGUAUCAGUAAUAACAACAAUAACAACAGCAUCCUGAGCGAUAGCGAGGCCAGUGAAACCAUCAAAAGGAAACUGGACGAACUCAUCGAGGCCUCCAGUGAAAAUGGGAAGCGUCUGCGACUAGAAUCUCCAGCCACCACCGUCAAGGUGGCCACCUCCAAUGCCUUGGAUCUGACCACUAAAGUCUAAACAACACUUUCCGAAUGACAGUUAUCAGGCACUGAAGAUCGAUCGAGGCAAUAGAAAAUUAGCCCCCCGCUAAGCCACCACCAAAAAGAUAAACAAAACAAGUAAUAAUAAUAUACACACGAGACAAUAAACGCAUGUGAGUUAUAUAAAUAAUGCGAAACAUGAAACGGACUCGGAGGAGUCGGGCUCCGAUUAACAAGCGCUAAAUACGAGUUCGUGCCGUUUGGGUUCGAGAUGUUAUCACAUCGUUUAAAACAACUAACCAAAUUGCCAAAAUAUGCUAAAGUCGAGCGGCCCCCGAAAAGAGAUAGAAAUUUGCAUAUGGGGACCGAUCGACCGACAGACCGAAAAGUAUAACACAAAUGCUGUCCAAUAUCUAUAAUUUUAUUCAGUGAAUUAUAAACAAAUUUUUCGGUCGGCAAGAAUACAAAUUCGACAGAAAUAUGGAAAGAAAAGCUAAACAAAUGAUAAAAGAUAAAAGAAACUGUAGCAAAAUAUGCAAAAAGGGCAGCUAAUCUCGUGCAUAAUAUCGUAGUGGAAUUUGUAUAGUCCAUAAGUUUCGUUUUCUUCUAAGCUAUGAACCAUAUAUACAGUAUAAUACUAAACGAUAUAGUUUUAUAUAGCCUACUUAGACGGUUCCCCCAAGAGUAUUUGUUAGUUUAAAGCCCAAUCAAUCGUUCUAUAUAGAUAUUGCUCGCCGGUAGACAAAUUUUUUGUGUGUAAUCUUACUCGUUUUGAGGAUUAGUUCGCUCGAGUUAUUAGUCACAAUUAGCAAAUUCUUUGAAUGUACGAAAAUAUAUAAAUAAUAAUAUAUAAUAUAUAUAGUUUGUAGAUGCGAUUAUGUAAAGAAAGGCGCACAAUGUUGUAUAGCAAAUAGCAUAAAUUAUUAAUAUUAAUGUUGCUUAAGUAUUUUCCCAUUCCGUGUGAUGAUUUGGUAUGCAAAUCAAGAAAAUUAUUAUUGCUAUCACCACAAAUAAAUAUACAAAUAAAUAUUUA